UUUUUUAAAGGAUGGAUUAAAAUGUACGAAGCUUAGACAAGUAAGUGUAGAAACGUUAUUAUUAUAGUGGUGGAUUGUGAAGUAAAUGCGCUAGGCAGUGAACUAGUAUUAUUAUUUUUUUUUUGCGGAGGUCUUAACAUCAGUGUACAAGGGGUAAAUGGGCGGGAAGAAGUUACGCUGAAGGUUGCAGACUUGCAGUCAGCGUGGGACAUCCGGAGUUGCACCUGGGACCUGGGUGACAGUACCAUCUGGGCGUCCAUAAAUUUCUAUCUCUAUUUUUUUGCACAUUUCUUCGGAAUAGCGGCGUCUGGAAGACAACGUCGUACUUCGUGCUGACACGCCAUUGGAGGGCGACACCGGGACGAGACGCAGUGACGUCACUGCGAGUGAGUGACCCCAGUCAUGGAACUGCCUUUCAGAAGGGACUUGGAAAAGUACAAGGAGAUUGAUGAAGAUGAAAUUCUAAAUAAGCUAUCAGAAGAUGAGCUGAAGCAACUGGAAAGUGCUCUAGAGGAGCUUGACCCAGAGAAUGCACUUUUGCCUGCUGGCCUGCGUCAAAAAGAUCAGACUGUCAAAUCAGCCACAGGCCCCUUUGACCGUGAUCGAUUACUUGCCUUCUUGGAAAAGCAGGCCCUGGAACACAAAGACAGAGAAGAUGUAGUGCCUUUCAAAGGAGAAAAGAAAGGGAAAGCAUGGGUGCCGAAACAAAAGAUAAUUGAAACCCAUCAGGAGGAAGCAACUACUCUAGAUCCAGAACUGGAAGAAGCUCUUUCUAGUGCUACAGACACUGAGCUCUCUGAUUUAGCAGCAAUCCUUGGAGUCCAUACCCUGGUCACCAGUUCAAGACAUGUGGAUGGCAGCAGCUUUUCUAGCAAAGAUGGAUUUAGCAGUGUGGUUAAAGGGGAGAAAGUAAAACCAGUCUUUGAUGAACCACCUAACCCUACUAAUGUAGAAGAAACACUACAGAGAAUAAAAGACAAUGAUCCAACUCUCCUGGAGGUUAACCUGAACAACAUUAAGAACAUUCCUAUUCCAACACUUAAAGAAUUUUCAAAAGCCAUGGAAAAGAAUAAACAUGUAAAAAAGUUCAGUCUAGCAGCAACACGCAGUAAUGAUCCAGUAGCUGCAGCAUUUGCAGAUAUGUUGAAAAUAAACAAGACAUUAAAGAGUCUUAAUCUGGAAUCCAACUUCAUAACUGGGACUGGUGUUCAGGCCUUAAUUGAGGCAUUGAAAGAAAAUGAUUCAUUAUCUGAAAUUAAAAUUGAUAAUCAGAGGCAGCAACUGGGUGCUACUGUGGAAAUGGAAAUUGCCAAGAUGUUAGAACACAAUAACGGUAUUCUGAAAUUUGGAUAUCAUUUCACUCAACAAGGACCAAGAGCCAGAGCUGCAGCUGCCAUCACAAAGAACAAUGAUCUUGUUCGCAGAAGACGAGUGGAAGGAGACUUAUAAAUGUUGAAUACCUGACUGUGGGAAUAUUUCCGAUCUUCUAGAAGGUCUUGUGCCAAACGUGGGGCAAGGCAUUCCUCAUACUUCAGUACUCUGGGUAGAAGGGAAAUGACUGGAAUAACCCCUCCAAUAUUUUAACUGUUUUAUCCUAGUUAAUCCUUUGAAAAGCAUCCACCACCUUCCCAGUAUGGGCAGUCUUAAAACAUUGAUCAUUCAAGUGACUGUGUUAAAGUUCCAUAAGCAAGACAUGUUAAACCCAGAGUGUUUGCUACACUUUUUUCUUUUUUAAUAUUAAGAGGAAAGUCUUCACAAACCGAGUACAGAUGAGGAAAUGCCGUAAAUGAACACUUUCACCUGGUAGGAGAUUUUCAAAACCAUUUUUGUCAUUAUGUUCAGUGAAAUGGGGAUGCUGUUGUUGUUUAUCCUUAAACUUUUGUAUUUGUAUUGUUUAACUGUUAAAAAUCUUUUAACCGGCACAUUCAUUGAUAGUUUAUUUUGAGAGUAGCAUUUAUAAAGAUUUUGAGAUAAAUAUGAAAGUUUGAACUUUUAGAUGGGAAAUAGAAUCAAAAACAAGGCACUCAUGGUCAAGUAGUUUUUGCUUGAUGUCUGUGCUUGAAAGGUCAUAAUGUGAAAAAAAAGCCAUGCUGUAAAAUAAUUAAAUUUCUUAUUAUGCUGAUUAUUCAUGAUAAGCACACAUUUAAAUUACACAUGUACCAAAAACCAACAUUCCUAAAGCAGAAACUGAAAAAGGAGCAGGGGAGUCUGUUUAAGAACUGGUUUACUAUGAGGUCUCCACAUCACCAUACAAUUUUUUUUUUGUUUUUACAAUGUUUGUUCCAUCUAAUUGGUACCAAGAAAGGGACUUUUGAGGUGGUGGAGGACUGCUGUGUAGAAGUGCUAAAUAAACUUUUUCCCAGAAAUGCAUAUUCGCAUAUUGCCAAAUGAAGAAUUAACUCUUUUCUCCCCUUAGAGUUAAGCUUGUAAUUAUCACCUUCUCCACCCUUGUCCUUAAAAUAAGUUGUGCAUAAAAGUAUACAUUAUAUGGUUUCCUAUCCAAAACAAUAGACAAAUGACCAAAAAUGUGUGUAUAUCCUAAAUAAAUUUACAUUCCAUUAUGGAAUAGACCAAAUUACAUUUUUAGUGACUGAUGCAGUUUUCAUUAGGUAUGAAUAUAUCACACCUUUUGUUACUGACCUUUUCUUUUUCAAAUAAUAACUUGUUUAAUAUAUCAGAAGAAAAAUAAAUUGGUCAACAUAAAAAUACUAUGAACCUCAUGAUGUUUCCUCCAGUAUGUCUAUAUUUCCAUAAUGAGGAUAAGUGUGACUUUUAUAACAACAUCAGGCCCAGUGGGAUAUUUUUGCUUUGCUUGUAGGAAAAAGUCCACAUGCUUGAAAAAUUAUGGGGUGUGUGAGGGAAAAAAUAAAAGGUAUGAAAUCAGUAAAACUUCAAAAAGAGUGCAUGGAAGACCGUCUCAAGUCUUAUAUGUUCCACUUGCACAUCAAAUGAGCAAAGAGUACUUACACAUGCAUGCUUUUGGAUAUGUGGAGAUUAGUUAGGCCAACACCGCCACCCAACCCCAAGUGUACAAGACUAAAAUGCUGAAUUAUACACUGCUGAAGUGGUUAUUUUUUAUUUUUUGAUUUUAUACUAGUGGAUGACAUAAUAUCCCACAUAAAUGCAUGCAAUAAACCAAAUAGAGAAUGUAUACAUGUAUCGUAAAGGAAGUGUUACAUCACCCUCAACCAUCACUCCAUCUUUUUUGCUUCCAUGAUCCCGUGUGUACACCCUUGCUAUUCCAUUCUUCAUGGAAAAUUGCUUUUUAUAUCGUUCAUUGUGUACGAGUUAAAGCUAAGGUGCAAAACUGUUCCGAAUUUCAUUUGAGAAAAAGGAAAAAAUUGUGUGUUGUCAAUGUGCAAGACAGCUGAAAAGCACUAUGCAGUUUAAAAUCUGGUGAACAAUAAAUGUUUUUACAUAUCA